CCUUCGCAGCCACAGCCGUUGCCUCCCAUCCCCUCAGUUCUAAUGACUACUCAACUAAACCGAUCCUCUCUGUCUAAAUCCUCCUAAAAUUUUACUCAACCCAGAAUCCCAGAUCGAGCUGAUAUCUUCGUCGGCAAGUGAUCGGAGGUGCGUAUCGUGGGUUAAUUUUCGCCAUUACUUCCAGAUUUGUUUGUUUAGAGAGACGCAUUGUGAGAAUUAGGUUAGGGUUUCGAUCAGGGUUAGGGUUAGGGUUUAUUGUUGAAGCUCCAAUUUCUGUAUAACUUGAAGAGAUGGACUCAGAAGGUAGUGAGAUUAAGAGAACCCAAGAGGAGAGGAAGAAGAUGGAGCAAGACCUGGCUUCCCUCACGUCGGUUACGUUUGAUACCGACUUGUACAGCGCUGACCGUUUCGAGGGCUAUGAGAGGUCAAUUCCGGUGAAUGACGAUGACGACACAGCGGACGGUCCUGAUAACGAGAUAGCUCGGAAGCUGAAUUCUUAUACUGCUCCAAAAGAGUUUUUCAAGGAUGCUCCGAGGCCCGGGAAUGAGGAUGACCUCGGGUUUAAGCAGCCGAGCAGAAUUAUUGACCGGGAGGAUGAUUAUAGGAAGAGGAGGUUGAACCGGGUGAUAUCUCCGGAGAGGGUUGACCCUUUCCUGGAUAAAACCCCAGGGCCGGACGUGAGGUCGUAUGCUGAUGUCAUGAAGGAGGAGGCUUUGAAGAGGCAGAAGGACGAUGUGCUGAAAGCAAUAGCGAAGAAGAAGGAGGAAGAAGCAGUUAAGCCAGUAAGCAAAGAGAAGGAAGCGGAGAAACCCAAGAAGAGAAAUCGGUGGGAUCAGUCGCAGGAUGACACUAGUUCAAAGAAAGCUAAGGGAGGUUCUGAUUGGGAUUUGCCGGAUUCAACUCCUGGAAUUGGGAGUGGUAGGUGGGAUGCCACUCCAACACCCGGGAGGAUUGGGGAUGCGACUCCUUCUGUGAGGAAGAAUAGGUGGGAUGAGACUCCAACCCCUGGGAGAUUGGCUGAUUCGGAUGUCACCCCUGCUGGGGGAGUUACUCCUGGUGCUACCCCUGCUGGGAUGACUUGGGAUGCAACUCCAAAGCUGGCUGGGCUAGCGACCCCUACACCUAAAAGGCAGAGAUCAAGGUGGGAUGAGACUCCUGCUACUAUGGGUAGUGCAACACCGAUGUCCAAUGCUACCCCUGCUGCGGCAGCAACCCCUGGUGUGACCCCCUUUGGAGGAGCUGAUCUUGCUACGCCAACUCCAAGUGCUAUUAAUCUGCGGGGUGCAAUUACGCCAGAGCAGUAUAAUUUGCUGAGGUGGGAGAAGGAUAUUGAGGACAGGAAUCGUCCAUUGACCGAUGAAGAGUUGGAUGCUAUGUUUCCCCAGGAGGGCUACAAAAUUUUGGAGCCCCCAGCUUCCUAUGUCCCAAUUAGAACUCCUGCUAGGAAGCUUCUUGCCACCCCAACGCCGAUUGGCACACCUCUGUAUAAUAUCCCUGAAGAAAAUCGAGGUCAGCAGUUUGAUGUGCCGAAAGAGAUGCCUGGUGGACUGCCUUUCAUGAAGCCUGAAGACUAUCAAUAUUUUGGUGCACUCUUGAAUGAAGAAAACGAAGAGGAAUUGUCUCUGGAAGAGCAGAAAGAACGAAAGAUAAUGAAACUGCUGCUCAAGGUUAAGAAUGGCACGCCACCUCAGAGGAAAACAGCUCUGCGGCAAUUAACUGAUAAGGCCAGAGAGUUUGGUGCUGGGCCACUGUUCAAUCGGAUUCUUCCGUUGCUCAUGCAACCGACAUUGGAGGACCAAGAAAGACAUUUACUGGUGAAGGUCAUUGAUAGGGUGCUUUACAAAUUGGAUGAGUUGGUGCGUCCAUAUGUGCACAAAAUUCUUGUGGUGAUCGAGCCGUUGCUGAUUGAUGAGGAUUAUUAUGCCCGUGUAGAAGGUAGGGAAAUUAUCUCCAAUCUCAGCAAGGCUGCUGGGUUGGCAACUAUGAUUGCUGCAAUGCGCCCUGAUAUUGACAAUAUCGAUGAGUAUGUAAGAAACACUACUGCAAGAGCAUUCAGUGUUGUUGCCUCUGCACUUGGAAUUCCUGCUUUGUUACCUUUUCUGAAGGCAGUGUGUCAGAGUAAGAAGUCUUGGCAAGCCCGUCACACAGGUAUCAAAAUUGUUCAGCAGAUUGCUAUUUUGAUUGGUUGUGCUGUUCUUCCACACUUGAGGUCUCUUGUAGAAAUCAUAGAACAUGGUCUUAAUGAUGAGAAUCAGAAGGUUAGAACUAUCACAGCUCUUUCCCUUGCUGCUCUUGCUGAGGCAGCUGCCCCAUAUGGUAUUGAGAGCUUCGAUUCAGUGUUGAAGCCUCUCUGGAAGGGUAUUAGAUCUCACCGAGGGAAGGUUUUGGCAGCCUUUUUGAAAGCCAUCGGUUUCAUCAUCCCUCUCAUGGAUGCUAUAUAUGCUAGUUACUAUACCAAGGAAGUGAUGCAUAUACUGAUCCGUGAGUUUCAGUCGCCUGAUGAAGAAAUGAAGAAAAUUGUUUUAAAAGUUGUGAAGCAGUGUGUGAGCACUGAAGGUGUUGAGCCAGACUACAUCAGGAAUGACAUUCUCCCUGAGUUCUUCCGCAACUUCUGGGUGAGAAGAAUGGCUUUGGACCGCAGAAAUUACAGGCAACUUGUUGAUACUACUGUUGAGAUAGCAAACAAAGUUGGGGUUGCUGAUAUAGUGGGUAGGAUUGUUGAAGAUCUCAAGGAUGAGAGUGAGCCUUAUAGGAGGAUGGUCAUGGAGACAAUUGAAAAGGUGGUUGCAAAUCUGGGCGCGUCUGAUAUUGAUGCUCGCUUAGAAGAGCUGUUGAUUGAUGGGAUUCUCUACGCGUUCCAAGAGCAAACCAGUGAUGAUGCAAAUGUGAUGUUGAAUGGUUUUGGAGCUGUUGUUAAUGCUCUUGGGCAGAGAGUGAAGCCUUACCUUCCGCAAAUAUGUGGGACUAUUAAAUGGCGUUUAAAUAAUAAGAGUGCAAAGGUCAGACAACAAGCUGCAGAUCUUAUAUCAAGGAUUGCUGUGGUGAUGAAGCAGUGUGGAGAAGAACAACUGAUGGGCCAUCUUGGUGUCGUUUUGUAUGAGUAUUUGGGGGAAGAGUACCCAGAAGUUCUGGGAUCAAUAUUGGGUGCUCUGAAAGCUAUUGUUAAUGUCAUUGGUAUGACUAAAAUGACUCCUCCAAUAAAGGAUUUACUUCCUCGCUUGACUCCAAUUUUGAAAAAUCGUCAUGAGAAAGUCCAGGAGAACUGCAUUGAUCUUGUUGGUCGAAUUGCUGACCGUGGAGCAGAAUUUGUUCCUGCCAGAGAAUGGAUGAGGAUUUGUUUUGAGCUUCUUGAGAUGCUCAAAGCCCACAAAAAGGGUAUUCGUCGAGCAACAGUCAACACUUUUGGGUAUAUUGCAAAAGCUAUUGGUCCACAAGACGUCCUUGCAACACUGUUGAAUAAUCUCAAAGUUCAGGAACGUCAGAACCGUGUCUGCACAACUGUCGCAAUUGCUAUAGUUGCUGAAACUUGUUCUCCCUUUACAGUUUUACCUGCACUGAUGAAUGAAUAUCGUGUACCUGAGCUUAAUGUUCAGAAUGGUGUUCUGAAGUCCUUGUCCUUCCUCUUUGAGUAUAUUGGUGAAAUGGGUAAAGACUAUAUCUAUGCAGUUACUCCAUUGCUGGAGGAUGCUCUCAUGGAUAGAGACUUGGUCCACCGGCAAACUGCUGCUUCAGCAGUGAAGCACAUGGCUUUAGGAGUUGCUGGACUUGGGUGUGAGGAUGCUUUGAUUCAUUUAAUGAAUUAUGUCUGGCCAAAUAUUUUUGAGACAUCACCACAUGUUAUUAAUGCGGUUAUGGAAGCCAUUGAAGGAAUGAGGGUGGCUGUUGGAGCAGCAAUCGUCCUUAAUUACUGUCUUCAGGGGCUAUUUCAUCCAGCAAGGAAGGUGAGAGAGGUGUACUGGAAAAUCUACAAUUCACUGUAUAUUGGUGCUCAGGAUGCCCUUGUGGCUGCUUAUCCGAUGCUGGAUGAUGAAGAAAACAAUGUAUACAGUAGGCCUGAGUUGGUGAUGUUUGUAUGAGGCUGGAUCGUGUUUUAGAUGAAGCUAGGGAAGGUCCAGUGGUUUAAAAUAUGUAAGAGUGGCUAGCUGUUGCUUUUCGAGCUGCUGCUGGUUUUCUUUAUAUGCUCUAAUAAGAGUUGUCUUGCGUUCUUGUAAUUCUCUUGAAUUCAGCAGUUUUUUUUUUUUUUUUUCAACAAACGUUAGAUGUCAUUUUAUAGAUUAACUUGUUGGCUGCUUCUAUUAGCCAAGUUGGGAAAUUGUUUUCCCAGUCAAUGUCAUUAA